CCUAUUACGUGAAAUAAGCACUACCAAUUAUCGAAGUAUACGUCUAUGCAUGUAUAGCAUUUCUUUGUAUUGACCCAUUCACAAUUCACUAAGUCUCUAGACUUCUCAUUUUGUGCGUUCAUUUCAGAUUGCUCUCAACUUUCGUAGUACGUUUCUGGAAAUAUAUAAGGAAGCCAUUGAACAAAGAAAUAGAGAAGUGUCGGAUUUUUCUUCGAAAUAGCAACACUGAAAAGAACAAUAUACAACCAACAACAACACGUGUAACUCUUUAGCCUGCAGUAACUAUUUCUUGAGAAUCGUGCAGCGUAUCUUCGGGAGAUACAGGUUUCUCAAAUAAGCCUCAAUGUAUUCAUCUGGGCAUCACUGCUAAAAGCAUUGUCUCAACAUCGUGGCAUGUUUUCACGGUGCACAAAAGAUCCGAAGGAAGUAUAUUGCAGAUAAAUUGCUUUUUAUUUACACCAUAAAUAAUGACAGAAUAUUUUGAUUUGCCACUUAAUAUGGACAGAAUAUGCAGAAUUUGCCUUACAGAGGGUACUAAUUUGUCUCCUAUUUUUUGUACGGACCAAGAAGUAAAUGACUUUUCUGGCCUUUCACAAAAGAUACAAGUUUGCGGAUCAAUUGAAAUUCAUGAACAAGAUGGAUUACCAUCAUUAAUUUGCGACAUUUGUAUUUAUAAAGCAAGUGUUGCUCAUGAAUUUAGACAACAAUGUCAACAUUCUGAUGCGAAAUUAAGAAUGUAUUAUAAUAAACCAUCUAAAAUUACUAUUGUGGACACAUAUACACAAACUGAAUCCGAAAUAAGAACAUUAUUAUCAAAAAAACAAAUUGAUCAAAAUUAUUUUGUUAAAGAGGAAAUGCAUGUAUCGUCAAAUUCUCAAGAAUAUAUACAAACUAAUAAUUCAUUUUGUAGAGAUGAAUCUAAUUUAAGUACCAGUCAUAUUGAUAUGCAAAAUGAAAAACUUUUUAUUUGCUCUAUUGGAUUUGAAGGAUCUAAAGAAAUUGAAAAGGAAUCUUGUGUCUCAGAGAAUAAUAUACAUGAAACAUCUCUGAUACAAGAGAGUAAUGAUAUUCCUGAAACUAUUGAUAUGGAAAAUAAGCCAGAAGAAAAUCAAGAUAUCAACCAAAAUCCAGAAGAAGAUGAUAAAAGACAAGAGGAGGAAUUGUUUGAUGAAAAUAUGUUAGAUGAUAAUGUCAAAGAGGAAGAAGAAGUUCUACAGAAACGUACUUCUACUAGGAAAGUCAAAUCAGUGCCUAAUAAAACUUAUAGUGAAGAUGAAGUUCAUAGUAAUUAUUAUGAUUCAAGCAAUGAUGAUCAAGAUUCUAGAGAAUUAAAAUUUAAAUGUAAAGUAUGCGGAAAAUGUUACAACACACAAAGAGGUUUAAAAAAACAUUCUCUUGUUCAUGAAAAAAAACAUAAAUGCAAUAUUUGUUCAAAAAUGUUUUACAGAUUGGAAAACAUGGAAAAUCACAAAAAAAUACAUGAAUCAAAACCUCUUGCUUGUCAGUUGUGUCAUGCAUGCUUCUCUAAACCUCAAAAUCUUGUACGUCAUUUAAAAUCUCACACAGAAAAAGUAAAUAAUAUGAUUAAACAAAUCAGUACAGAUGAACAAAAGGAUAACAAGGAACCAAAAAAAGAAAUGAAAUUUGAAAAUGAUACUGAUGAUGAAAGUGGUACUGUGAAUGAAGUUUAUGAUUUUGAAAAUGCACCUGAGUUGUACAAAUGUGAAAUUUGUAGUCAGUAUUGUUCUUCUUUAAAAAAUCUGAAAAGACAUACUCUUGUACAUGGAGAUAAGAAAUAUUCCUGUACUGUAUGUAAAAAAUGGUUCUUUAGGCCUGAUACGUUGAAAAAACAUGCAGAAAAACAUGGUCAUGGCUUGUUAGACAAUUUAGUAGAUGAUAAUAAAUUUUUUGAUUCUGAUGAUGACUUUUUCCCGAGUACUACACAAAACACUUUACAAGACAAUGAAAAUGUUAAAAAAGAAGAAAGUGAUGAAGAUGAAGCUGGUGAAUAUAAAUGUCAACAUUGUGAUAAAAUCAUGACAACAAAAAAAGGUCUUAGACGUCAUGUAUCAAUGCAUAAACCAAAAGCUGAACCAGUUACUUGUGAAAUCUGUGGGAAGGUAUGUGCUAGUCAAGCUCGCCUUGUCCUUCAUCAGAGGACACAUAAACCAAAAGAAAAGGUUCCUCGAGAAUACCUAUGUCACAUUUGUAGUAAAGUGUAUCCAAGUAAUUCUUCUCUAACUUAUCACAUGAGAACUCAUACUGGUAUUAAACCACAUGUGUGUAAAACUUGCAAUAGUGGAUUUACUACAACAACCAGUUUAGCAAAUCAUAUUAGGAUUCAUACAGGUGAUAAACCGUUUGUUUGUCAUGUAUGCAGUGCAGCAUUUGCUGUGAGUUCAGCUUUUAGACGACAUUUAACUCGACAUACUGGAGAGGCAAAUUAUUUGUGUAAAACAUGUGGUAAAGCAUUUAAAAGACUAAGUACAUUAAAAGAACAUACUUAUACUCAUUCUGGAGAAAAACCAUAUGUAUGUAAAACGUGUGGAGCUGCUUACAGUCACAGUGGUAGCUUGUUUGCACAUCAGAAACGUUGUCGAGCUCAGUAUGGAGAAAUGGUUGUAGAUGAUCACACAGUUGCUCAUCAUAUUCAUGUAAAUAAUGUGCAAUCUGCAGUACGAUCACUUGCUGUGAUAGGACAAAUGUUUUAAUAAAUAAGACUUAUUAUUUUAAAAAAAUGAUGGUUUCGCUUUAUGACAAAUGUGUAUGUAUAUCUACACAUAUACAGCAUACAUAUAUAUUUGUAAAUAUACAGACUACUAAAUACUUGUAGAAUAUACUACGAUUCAUAAAAUAUAUGAUGUAACAUUAGUGUAGAAAUCACAUUCUUAUGUAAAUAUAUAAGCAGCUUUUUUACAAAAAAAAAAAUUACUUAAAUACUCAUAUAUUUAAAUUCCGUAAACUAAAGCUUUAUUGCACAAAAAUUUAUUUCAUUUAAACGGCAGUCAUUGUUCGGCAGUUAUCUUCUAUUCAUGUGUACAUUUUUUUAAUAUAGUCUAAUGUUCAUGAAUAAUAUUAUAAAGAUAGUAUAAUUGUACGAAUUAAACGUAUUUAUUUAUUUACAAAGUGUCCCAAAAUCGUAUUAACCAUAGAAAUAAACAAAUUUUUUGUGUAAAAGCAAAUUAAUAAGUUCCAUAUCAUUUUGUAAUUUAAAAUUUUAUUUUUAACAUGAAAACAUAAAUAAAAAAGAUCGUUAUAUUUUUAGCAUAAGUUACCCAAGUUUUAAUAAUU